AUGGGUACAUCUUUCGAUUUCCCCACUUAUAUGUUCACUAAGGCUAAAGACGAGCUGGACAUCCUUGAGCGCUUGGUCAAGCAUUGCCGGCCCAUCUGCAGUUGGUCAUCAUUCAGCUUGAGCGUCUUGCGACCAGAGCUUACCAAAGCAAAUCCAACGAACUUUAAAAGCCCCAUCAACAAAUCAACAACAAUGAAACUCUUCGUCUUCGCUGUGUGCGCCAUCGCCGUGGCCUCCGCCGAUGUGUCCCAUCUGAACCUGGGUGGUGGCUACAGCUACAACAAGCCCACGCCGACCUUCAACAUUCCCUCGGCCCCGGCUCCGGCUUACCUGCCUCCCGCCCAGGAGGUGAUCUCUGCCCCUGCCCCGGCUCCAGUUUACUCUGCUCCGGCACCUGCUCCAGUCUACUCCGCCCCUGCUCCUGCUCCAGUUUACUCGGCUCCUGCUCCAGCUCCAGUCUACUCUUACCUGCCCCCUGUCCAGGACAUCCCAGCUCCUGCUCCAGUCUACUCUGCUCCUGCCCCAGCUCCCGUUUACUCCGCUCCUGCACCUGCUCCAGCCCCUGAGUACCUGCCACCUGUCCAGGACAUCCCAGCUCCUGCUCCCGCUCCAGUCUACUCCGCCCCUGCUCCUGCUCCAGUUUACUCUGCACCUGCUCCCGCUCCAGUUUACUCUGCUCCUGCACCAGCUCCCGUUUACUCAGCUCCUGCUCCAGUUCCUGAGUACCUGCCCCCCGUUCAGGACAUCCCUGCUCCUGCCCCAGCUCCAGUCUACUCUGCUCCAGCACCAGCUCCCGUUUACUCCGCUCCUGCUCCUGCUCCCGUUUACUCCGCUCCUGCUCCAGCCCCUGAGUACCUGCCCCCUGUCCAGGACAUCCCUGCUCCAGCACCAGCUCCAGUCUACUCUGCACCUGCUCCUGCUCCAGUUUACUCUGCUCCCGCUCCCGCUCCAGUUUACUCUGCCCCAGCUCCCGUGGAGUCGGGCUACCAGUACAACGUGCCCGCCAAGCGUUUCCGCUUCUAAAAAGGACCACAGGUUGAUCCCCAGGAGCGCCACAGCCAUUCGCGAGGUGAGGACUUGUUAAAUUAACAAGUGCCGUCGCCCAUUGUUGUUGAAUAUUUGUUGUUACGCAAAGUUCCCGUUGAGAUUUUAGCUAAUAAAUAAUCAUAAAAAAAUUAUUAAAAUGUAAA